AUGUACCGAAGCAAAGCCAAGGGGCAUGGGAGCGAUGUGGACAAUAACAAGGCCAAGACGAGUCCUCCACCCAAGCUGAAUAAUGGAGGAAGCAAGGGCAAGAGACGAGGGCACAUGAUGGACUCUCCGCCCAUGACGGGGAUGGAGUACUUUAUCUACGUGUGUACCAUUCUGUUUGUCUGUGUCUUUGGAGUCAUGCAAGGAGUCUUUCUCUACAAGCUUCACGUCUACGAAGCGUCCUUUGAUGCCGAACAACAAACCAAGCCACCCGAAGAUGGCGCCACUAAUCCAGCAGUAGCACAGCAACAGCAACAGCAACAAUCACAACAAGUCGCCAUUUCCAGCAGUGGAAAUGUCUUGGAAUUUGUACCAAUUUCCAAUCGACAACGAAUGCUGCAAUUUGCCAAUGCUACACACAAACAAUACGAGUCGACGCCGGCAGGAAGUUGGCCACCACUGGAUGCACUGGUGGACACCAAGGAGAACAAGGUGAUUGGGAAUCCUCAGUUUUUGCUUGAUGUGGCCAUUCUCGGAUUUGAAAAGGCCGGCACGUAUACCAUGAAACUCAUUUUGAAUGGACACAAGGAAACCGAUGGAAAACUCGCCGAGAAUAUCGACCUCUAUAACAAUCAACCCCAUCAGUUUGUCAUUGGUCUCUACGAUCAUCAUCCCAAUCAAGACUUUGUCCGAUUCUAUGUCAACAAUUGGGAUAUCUAUCAACCCUGUAGUCUCAGAAAUAUACACACCUACUUUUCAGAAACCAAAUUCAUCAUUACCAUCAGACAUCCAGUCAGAUUUUUCGAAUCUGUCUACAAUGCCCGCAUUCAAAAUGUCCCGGAUCCCAACAAACCAAUACCCACGCCACACGAACGCAUUGGAUUUUGCCGCGUCCAUGACAAUUCCUGUUGUACCGAUCAUGCACAUCUCGCACUGUGGCUCUACAAACUUGGGAAAACUGUCAAUAUGCCACAAGGAUCCGAAAUUGAAGAAAUCAUCAAAAACACCCAUGCUUACGAAGCCAACGUGACGACAUUGCCAACCAAAAACAAGGUAUUCCUCGUCGAAACAUCGCAACUUGUCGAUCAAGAUUGGUUCCGACAAGAACAAUUGCUGCAAGAUCUACAAGCCUUUCUUGGAUUACAACAUCCCUUUACCAAUGGCAUUCCACCACCCCAUCCGGCCGCCCGCAAAUCCGAUCAAGACAUUCGUGACAAGCGCAAAAUUGAUAUCUGCCAUUCCGAAUAUGACAAUUUACGAGAAGAACUCAUGCAGGGAGCCCGAGAGAGUUCGAUAUGGUUGCGCGAACGAUUUCUUAAAUCCAAAGAUGUCUUUACCACGUCACCGGAAUUCUUGGAAAAGGCAUUACUCAGUUGGAUGGACGAUCCCUGUGACAAAAAAAUCCGAAAGGAUGAUUUGUUUGAUACCCGCACCAUUGAACAGGAAAUUCCCUUUGUGCCGUCCACUACGAAAAAGGCCGCGGUCCAGGUCUUUUCACCGGGAUCACUCAAGAAAUACGAUACCAGUGAAACCUGGCCGCCACUCGCUGCAGUCGUCAAUGGCGACCGAGAACUCAUUGCCGAUCCACAGUUUUUAUUGGAUUUUGCCAUUAUUGGAAUUGAAAAAUGUGGGACGUCGACGCUCAUGAAAUGGCUUGGAGGACAUUCGGAAGUACAGUGUUUUCAACAGGAAGAACCAAGUCUGUUUAUGAAUCAACCGGGGGUGUUGGCGAAACGAUUGUACAAGGUCUUUCCCGGUGAACAGUUCAAACGGGGAUACAAGAAUCCCAUUGAUCUCUUUCAGCCAUGUGUUUUGCGGAACUUUCAAGAAGUCUUUCCGGAAACCAAGUUGAUUUUGACGAUUCGUCAUCCGGUUCGUUAUUUCGAGUCGUUACACAACUUUCGCAUCCAGAAUCUACCGGAUCCAAAUGAUGAGUUUACACCUCCUCUGGAACGAAUCGGUAUCUGCAACCAAUACUCGCAGGGUCUCUGUACCGACCAUGCGCACUUUGCACUUUGGAUCUAUCGGUUGGGUAAAACUAUUGACAUGCCCAAGACAGAUAUUCAACGCAAAAUCAUUGACACUCAUCCAUGGGAAGCCAAUCACUACACUUACCCAUCCACCAACAAAGUAUUCCUAGUCGAAAUGUCACAGUUGCAAGACAAUGACCCCGAACGCACCGAAGCGCUGAAACAAGACUUGGCCACCUUUUUGGAACUCAAGCAUACGUUUGAUCAGGAGGCACCGCACUUUGUCCCUGGAAUGAAGUGGUCCGCCGAGUCCCAGGCGAUUCGAGACAGUCGUAAGAUUGACAUCUGCGAAGAUCAGUAUCGUCCCUUGCGAGCCGAGCUCAUGAAGGGUGCUAGAGAAACGUCUCUUUGGAUCACAACCUUUUUUUUGGCAUCGAAGGACGUCUUCAUUUCAUCACCCGAGUUCUUUGAUCAGGCAAUGAAGGCGUGGAUGAAUGACCCCUGCGAGGACGAGUCGCAGAAGGAUCCUCGGUCCAUGUCAAAUUGGCCUCGUCUCAACGCACUGGUCAAUGACGAUCUGAAGAUCAUUGGUGACCCGCAGUUCUUGCUAGACUUUGCCAUUAUCGGAGUUGAGAAAUGUGGAACGUCAACUCUGAUGGUGUGGCUUGGAGCGCAUCCCGAAGUGCAAUGCCCACAGGAAGAGAACUACAGCUUGAUGCACGAAACUCCGGGUCAGUUAGUCCAGGACAUGUAUGCGCAGGCACCAUACGAGGACUAUAAGCGUGGCUACAAGAACCCGUUGGAUCUGUUCUACCCAGGCUCCGCCAUGAAGUACAUUGAUCAGUACUUCCCCAAAACGAAACUCAUUGUUACUCUUCGUCAUCCUAUUCGCUACUUUGAGUCCCUCUACAACUUUAGGAUUCAAAAUCACAAUCAGGGUAACUGGAACCGAUCGCACAUUGCCACGCCGAUCGAGAGGAUUGGUCCUUGCGUUGGUCAAGCCGGUGAUGGGUGUACAGAGCAUGCUCACUUUGGACUGUGGCUCUACAGACUCGGGAAAACGCUCUCGCUCCCAGAGACAGAGACCGAAAAGAAGCUUUAUGAGAAACAUCCAGAUGGAACGAGAAAGGAAAAGCCCAAGGCAAUGCAGAACGAAGUUUUCUUGUGUGAAAUGACGCAAUUCGCUGACAAAGACCCUGUUCGAUCCGAGCGUCUCAAGAACGAUCUUCGGGAUUACCUUGGCCUCACCAAGAAUUUCAACUCGUCUGCUCCUCACAAAGUACCUGGCAAGAAGUGGACUCCGGAGAUCCAAGCAGUCAGAGAUAGCUUCAAAAUCGACAUUUGCGACGAAAAAUGGAUCAAACUGCGUGAGGCUCUGAUGCAGGGGGCUCGUGAAACGUCAUUGUGGAUUCGUGAGAGCUUUAUGAAGUCGCCGGAUGUGCAUUUUUCCUCUCCCGACUUUUUAAACAAAGCCUUUGAGAAUUGGAUGGAUGACCCAUGUGAUAACGAAGAAGAAAACUUGAAAUACCGAGAAAAUCUUGCCAAGGAAAGAGGAGAGGGCGUGCGGGAGGAGGUUGCUCAUUUCAAGUGGGGUUGA